CGAUUAAAUUGAUCAAAAGGCAAAAGGCCAUAUACAGUACAUGUUUUGACGUCGUGCAUCAGACGGACAGCACAAUUAACCUGGCGAAUCUGGAAGUGGAACUUCGCAGAAUUUCUCGUGUUUGUGUGCAAUCGCAAAAUGGCGGAAUCGCUGCGAAGACUGGUCAAGACUGGAGGGUUUAACACUUUGCAAGAUAAACUCGAUCUGUGGUCCAGUAAUUAUUUGGUGAACACAUGCGAUCAAAAUGUUAGUCGCUGUUGUGAAUUGAUUGAGCUGACAUCGCGUCUUCAAGGCCAACUCUUUUUGAUUCUUAAUCUCUCUGCAGCUGAAGGCGGUAUCUAUGGAGGGUGUGAUGCGUUGAAGAAUAGGCUCCUACCCUGGUUAACUCAAGGUUUCACAUCAAGCAAUGCAACCACUGAUCUGAGUUUAGACAUGAUGGCUGACGUUGCUGCCAAAGAUCGAGCACUGUCCAAGAUGAGAAAUGAUUAUGAAGCUCAGCUGCAGGACUUGGAGGAGGACUUGAAUACAUCAAGGAAUGUGUCGGAUUCACUGAAGCAGGAAUUGCAGGAAGCAAAGUCCAAGUUGGAUGAGGAGCGUUCAGCAUCUGUGGGGGAGGCAAUACUGAAUGAAGAAGAUACCAUCCGACUUAGCACAACCAUUAAGGCCCUGAAGGAUGAGCUAGAGAUAUACAGAUCUCGUGUUGGUGUUCUAGAGAACUAUGAGGUGGAAGCUCGUAGAUUGAGAGAAGAUGUCAACUUACUGAGAGAGGAGAAGGCUAUUCUAACUGGAAGGAUGGAUUACCUGACAUCUCCUCUACCGCCUACCAGCCCACGAACUACUAGCUCAGUCAGCAGUGAUGUUGUACAGCGUGUUCGUCAAGCUCAUCUGGUCACCCGCUUCGGUGAUAUGUUCUCACGCGAUCGUAUGGAUGCCAUGGAUAUUCUGCGUACAUUGUCCGACGAUCACGACAUUCACCAGCAGAUUGUGUUUGCCUGUGUUGAGGAAGCCUUCCACUGUGCUAAGAAGGCCUAUCGUCUGUAUCGUAGCAAAGUCCGCAGCACACUGCAGCUGACCCACACUGGACCAGAGACCCUGGAGGAAGCAGUACAAAACUACAUCAAUAAGAAUGGACAACUUCUGGAUGUGCACAGUAUUGUGCAGGAUGUGUUACUGGCUAUGAACACUCAUCCAGUGCUCUCAUAUCCUCCUGAGGUAGACUUCAAGUCUCUCUCGCUCUUCAUCCGUGAAUUGGUCAAAGUGGCUUGGGAUAUGAGUGCUUUGCCUAACCCGCUGGAUAUCCUGCCAGCUAGGAGGGGUGAACUGUUUGAUGAUUUUAAGUACCGCCGUAGCUAUGACUCGGAGUACUCGGCCCCCCUAGUAAGUCAUUACGUCUGGCCAGCACUGCAAGAAGUUUUGACUGGAAAGAUUCUACUCAAGGGAGAGGCUGUAACCAGACGAGGCGCUACCCUGGCUUCCCCAAGAAGAAGCCGGAGUCCCAAUAGAGCUGUGACACCAAGAAGUGGAAGGUCACCCAGUCCCCGUCGUAUCAUGGAUAGAUCCUUGAGCCCUGCAGGCUCUCGUCCCGGCAGUAGUUUGUCUCCAAGACCAAUGAGUGCCUCCUCCUCAUUCUCCAGUUACUAAGGUAACAGGAUGAAGGUUCCAAAUGGUAACAUCCAAUUCCGGCCAGCGCGUUGAGUUUCAUUCAUGAAAUCCCCAAAUAAGUAAUUUUGGUGGCAAAUCUGUUGACAAUCAGUUCCAUUAAAGUGAUCAUGUUUACAUUAUUUGUAAUUGCCAAAGGCUAGAAACAUAUCUGUGUGAAAGUUUGUAAUGCAGGGUUCCUACAGCCUGGAAAAGUCAUGGAAUUUCAUUGUCCUUUAGGUGCAGGAACCCUGGUAAUGUACCAUCAGAUGAAAGCAAGCCUGUAACUAUCACAGUACUGACAGUGUUGAUAUGUUGUGACCUUGGUAUCUGACAGAUGGCCAGGAAGAAAUCUGUCUGAUUGCCAUUAAGAAAUCUGUCCAAACGUAUUGCAUGUUUGACAGAUGAAAGCAGUUCAUGUACUUUGAAGCAGGCUAACAUCUUUGAACCAGCUUUCUUGAAAGUAGGUUUAAAUCUGUCUCAAUCACUUAUCUCAGUUCAAGUGAAUGCUGUGUAGGUUUUCUUAGUGAUUCAUUGGAUGAUUCAAACAUGUACACAUGAAGCUGUCUUUUCUACAUUUUUUUUUUUUACUUAAAUGUUUUUCAAGGAAUAUCUACAUGCUUCAAAGCAUAAAAAAAAGACACGAUAAUCAAAAAACAGUGUUUGGGGUGUCAUAUUUGUAUAUGCUUGAUAAGUGUGGACAUACUGAAUAACUAAUUCUUUGACUGCAACAAAGAAAAUUCAAGCAAGGAAUACGACAUCCACAAGGCAAGCGUGCAUGUAUGUUUACAUCUUUCUAUUCCAGACGAUGUGCACUGCAUUCAUUUCUUGCCUUUUCUACCCUCAGAAUUUAGCUGCUUGGGGGUGGUCACUUAGCUCAAAAUGGAAGCCCAUUUGGACCAUGUUUUGACAUAGAUGGCUCCACAAAUGAAAACAGUUUCUGCCCUUCUAGGUCGCCAUCAACACAGUUGAGAGGAGGGAGACAAUUGUGUGAAAGUUGUCUCUCCGGAAAGACGUAGGGCCACUGCCUGGGGUUACAUUGAUAAUUAAUCGAACAACUGCCACCACACAAAAAAAAUGAGCGUAAACAUGUCGCUUCAACAUGAAACCGAGGCACUCUGGUUAAACCCCCUAAAAUAUCACGCCGUGUUUUCUCUCAUCACAAUCAUUAGACAAAGUGCCUUGAGUGUGUACAGCAUUUCAGCUCACAGCUUUCCUCUGCUGUUUCAACUCACAAGAAAGUGCUUGUGUUUGUGAGUGUAGCCCAGUUUGAGAAAAGUGGGCCAGCAAGUGGAAAAUACACAUUUUUCCACAUACAUGCCUGUUUUUUUUUUCAUGUAUUCACUUGGAUACAUCACCUUGAUCCCAUGUUGCUGUACACACCUUAAGUGGGGACCAGAACGGCUGAAUAUUAUAAUUAAUGUACUUACAGAAAGGACUAUUAAAGUUGAUAGUGCAGUGACCCAUCAUAUUAGUUAAACUUGAUCGUUACCAUCAAUGUUGCUAACCACUACAAACAGAACAUACUUGAAGUAACCCACGCCGUUGAUUUCAUGUGACAGGCUGUUUGAUACUGUUUGGUAGUAUGAGCAAGCUGUUGAAUUGAAAGCUUUCCCUUUAAUAAGUACAGUACCUAUGGUAAGAAGGAGGCUGUACGGAACUCUAUCAUGGGGCAGCCAUCUUAGUUUUCCACCGUUGAAAGUAAUAAGACAAGCCUAACUGCCUGACUGAAUCUGGAAGGAAAUUAGUCUGUUUCCUUUUAUCUAUAUAUAGAGUUGUAUUACUUUUGUCAUUUGAUGUACAGGGGAAAAACAAAAAUGGCAGCAUCAUGAUAACGUCUGUAGCCUGCUGGGACAAAGCUAGAACCAUUAUUGUUUGGGGGGGAGCAAUUUUUCAUUAAAAUUUUAUGGCUUUUCUGAGGGAUGAAAACUACAUUGUAGGGUUCUUUACACACAUUUGAAGGAAGGGAAAUGAAACAGACCAAUAAAUGGCCCCUCUGUCCGUAAAAAAAAUGGGGCUUUUUGGGGGGGUGGGGUUGGAUGGCCCCUGUUUGGCCCCCUAGAUCUGCAACAAGGGGGUGAGAGGAAAGUACUGUAUAUCAGAAGUUUAUUUUUGGAAUACACUUUUAGAGGAUCAUUUUCCAGUUUGAAGAUGCUUCAAGACUAGACAUUCCAUGCUGUGAUGAAUCAGCAUACAUGUAUAUGGCUCCCUGACCAACCACGUAUUUGACUGCUUCUAAAACCUUUGGUGUUCAAAGUUUAUGUACAUGUAGACUAUUGUAGUGAUCUUCCACUCAUCAACCCCCACCUUUCUACAUCAUCAGUGUUAAAACAACACUUGAUGAACAGUCCAAAUGUAAUCACAGUGAUUUCAAGUGGCCUGCCACAGUUUGUUUUGACACAGUCGGUGAUCAUGGAGUGUGGCUCUAUGUACAUGUAUAUCAUGAUGAUUGAAGUGAGUGUGUGUGUGUGGGGGGGUGUUACCAUGUCAUUCUUUAUUACAUGUAUUUAACUUGUCCCAGGCUGUUUUGUUUGAACAUCCAGUUUUACACAGUAGCAUACAUGGAGAGUGUUUACUUUGUUGGUGGAACAUGUUAACAAAGUUCCUGAUGCCGGUGAAAGAAAGAAACAGCCACAGGAGUCACUCUGACAGUGGCAAAUACUCUACAAAUAACUCCUGUGCCAAUGCAAACUAUGCUUAAUCUGUAAACACAGGAAAACACCUUGUGUACUGUGGUUGUAAUCCUCUGUGAAUGAAGCACUCUGACCCGUUGUGUCAUGUGGUAAGUUGAUGGAGAACCAUUAGUGAAGGCUUCUGGCUUCAUAGAUCAGUCCAAAACAUAGCUCUAUGUUCAAAGCAGAUUGACUGGCCUGAAGUCAUUUAAAUUAAAAAACAAAUAUAAAACGCGCUACCGAAAGUGCUUCACAAAUAGGAAUGCAGUGAUAUGAGAAAACUGAAAGCUUCUGAUUAACGUGCCUUCGGAGUGCUCCAGUUAUUCCAGUUUUGGUGUAGCCUAGUGCCUUGCUUGUGCUGAAUGUGUAGAACUGGAAAGUGCCUUAGUUGCUUUAGAUUCCAUUGCAUCAAUUAGCCAAAGAUUAGAUUCACUUUCUCAAACAAAUAAAAUAGUUAUAAAUAAUCAGAGUGCCUAUUAAUUCCAGUGUUUAUACAGUAUGAGAUUGUGCAGUAAUUGCAAGUAGAUUCUAUACUAAGCACUGGCUGCUGUCUAAAUAUCUGUCUGUGGACGUUAAAGACUUUCAGUGACACCGUUACACAGCUAUGUUAAAGAAGUUUUUCAGGCAGUUUGUCUUUAGUGAAAAGGAUAAAGGAUACAAGUUGAGCAUGAUCCGUGCGGAUCUCUUUCCUAACCUCAGCAGAGCCAGAAUUUCAUCCGCCAUUUUUUAUUUUGAUUUCGAUAUCAAUAGAGCUGUGAACAACUGACCGCCUCUCUCACCCCAGGUCAAAGUAAACACUACUUUCAAGUCGUCGAUCCCAGUCUUGUAAUACUCCAAUAAGAAAUCAGAGCAGUCCUCGUAAGGCAAGCUGCAGAUGACACAUUUUGAGUGGUGCUUAUCAAAAUAGGCUAACCUGUGUGGGACUCGGCAUCCUGGCCUACUAAGCAGAUGUAGAUCAUAUCCCAUCUUGCACGCUUCCGGUGCAAAGCCUGUUGCCUAGCUGAAGAGCAAUCUGUGUGCUUGUGUAAAGAACACUCACCGUGCUGUCGACUUUGGGCCAAGAUGUCGUUGUUUAAUAAAGAAGCUGCUCAAAAAAGAUGUUUCUGAUUCGAGUCUGUGGCAGUGAAUGGUGCUCAUGCACAGAUAUGUGCAUUCUUUCAUUUGCACGUGAAUCAGAAAGAGUCUGUAGACAUCACACUUUUAACAUUUUUAGCUAAAUAUUACCGGUUAAAAGAACAAACAUAAAACAUGCACAGUAUUCUCACAGCGCACAUUGGCUGAAGUUUCAAAUUCAUUAUUCGGUACAUAUACCUUGUUUUAGCUGCCUCUCUUUAUGCACAGUAUCUCAGAGACCCAUGAGAAAUGUUUUUGAAGAAUAUGAGGUCUCAACGAAUCAUACGUUUGUCACUGGUUUCAAAGUGCAACGUCUUCUGUUGUACAAUUAAGAAAAUGUGACUACAAACGUCAUCCAAUGCUGCAGUUGGAUUCUGUAUAAUUGAAUAAUUACCUUAAUAUAUAAAAACUGUAUAACUUGAGAUUAUCAACUUAAUGAUGUGUGCUUUUUAUAGUCGUUUUGAGUUUAUUUUUAUUUGGAAGUAACUGAUUCCAAAACAAGGUGUUCAAUCGCAAAAUGUAAAGCAGUGGAAUAUACUGUAGUUGUAUUCAGUUUGCAGUGAUAAGACCUUUGUGAAUAACUUUCUUUGAUGUGUGAGAUCUUGUAGUAUGUACUAAGAGUUGCUAGCUUGUAAACCAGUUGCAAAGUCGAUGCAUGUAAUAUGAGGCUUAUUAAUUGCUAUGAAUUUCCCCCAGUAGACAGAUAGGGCUUAAUGAAAAAUUGUAAAACUGGCGUCUAACUAGAAAGCCGACUGAAUAAUUUCAAGAUUUACUUCUUUUAUUAUGAAUAGAAAGAGAGAUCUUACUAUAACAUUGAUCGAGAAUGUAGCAGUAUUACUUACAAUCCGAGCCAUUCCUUCCAGUACGUAUUUAUUUUACAAUGAUUUUAGUUAAAGGUCUGUAGCCAACUUUGACUUUUGUAUAAUUUGUGAAAAAUUUUUAUGGUACUUGUGUUCGUUUUAUCCAUUUCUGAGUGAAUUUAUAUAUUUUGCACUUUAUAACCUGAGAUAAUGUCAACCAUUUUGUCAGGGAAUAAACAAGAUUGUGAGUUGAAA